AUGGGCGACAACAAGGAGAAUGGAAUUAUAUUAUCUCAGACCAUGGAGGAGCGGGAGGUUUGUGUUAAUCAAAGUCAGAUCGCGGAAAGGGGUGGUGCUGUACUAUUGACAAUCAAUAACGACCAGGAGAAACCCAGCACACUACUAAACCUCAAACUCGCGGAAGAUGGAAAGCCCACCAACAAUCCUCAAGAUCCGUUGAAUUGGUCUUGUUUCAAGAAACAUGCCAUCCUCAUCGUGGUCUCAUUUGCAGCCUUCGCGGGCGACUUCGGCUCUGGGGCUGAAAUUCCACCGGUUGGUCUCCAGAGUCAGGAGUGGCACAUCAGCCGAGUGACCGUCACCAAAGCGAACAAUAUUAGUAUUAUUAUGGCAGGAGUGUCUGGCCUUGUCUGGUUUCCCCUAUUCAGCUUUUGGGGUCGAAUUCCCGUCCUUAUCUGGAGCAGCCUUAUGGGCUUUCUCUUUACUAUUGGCUGCGUACUUGCUCCUGACUUUGACACCUUCUACGGCCUCCGAGCUUUGCAGACAGUCACUCAAAGUGUUGGGCAAAUUAUUGGGUUGGCUGUUAUCAAGGACAUCUUUUUUUUGCACGAACAUGCUCGGAAAGUUGGCAUUUGGUACGCAAUCUUCAUUACCUCUCCAGUGCUCGGUCCUUUGCUAGGCAACUUCAUGAUUGCUGGGCUAGGAAAAUGGCAACCGGUCUUUUGGCUUGUUGCAGCCUGGUCUGCGUUCGUAAUCUGCCUCAUUCUAGUCUUUGGGGACGAGAUAUAUUAUAACCGCACGACACAAGCUGGUCAGCCGGAGAGGCCUAGUGCUCAACUCGCUCGCCUUGAACGCGUACUUGGUAUUUGGCAAAUCAAGACCCACAAGAACAACUAUUACUCAAGCCUUGGGAGCUGCUAUGGUCGACUUCUUGAGGUUUUCUUGAAACCGGUUAUCCCAAUGUGUAUGUUCUUCUAUGCGAUCACCUUUAUGUGGAGUGUCGGCAUAAAUGUUUCGACAUCUAUUCUUCUCGAAACUCCUCUACAUGAGGGUGGCUAUGGAUUUGAUUCUAGAUCUACUGGGUUCAUUUAUUUUGCUCCGGUUGUCGCCAUCGUUAUUGGCGAGCUUUUCGGGCAUCACUUCAACGACUUUCUGGCAGCCCAAUACGCUCGCCGACAUGGAGGCCUUUUUGUACCGGAGACGAGGCUCUGGGCGACGUAUCUCGGCGCUUUUAUCAUGAUUCCUGGUCUGAUUCUUGUUGGUCAAACUCUUGAUCACCACCUGUCAUGGGUUGGGAUUAUUUUUGGCUGGGGACUGGUGCAGUUCGGCAUCUUAGUUAUCUCCGUGGCGGUAGUGACCUACGUGCUCGAUUGCUAUCCAGCUGCUUCGGCAGAAGUCUCGGCCCUGAUUAACUUUGCUCGAGUCGCUGCUGGGUUUUCUGUUGGAUAUUUUCAACAGGCCUGGGGUCAGAAGCAAGGCUUGAAUAUCUCUUUUGCGCUCCAAUCCGUAGUAAUCGCGGGAGGACUGUGUAUUGUUUUAUUACUCCAACUUCGUGGUGCUGAUUUACGCAAUUGGGCCGGUCCUAUCAAGUGCCAGAUCUGA